AUGGCACCAGCCUUAACUCUAGGAUCACCGAUCGAAUUGGCUGUCCGUGAGCCCGUGCAUACCCCUGAGCCGGUUACUCCAGCGACAAAUCCCCGCUAUAGUCUUGAUUUCGUCAAAUAUGGGUCUCCAUACGACCAGUCAAACAGGAUCUUUAUUGGAUUGGAUCCGUCCUGGAACGGUAUCGAUGCUAUCGAGUUUCAGGAUGGCCUAGCUAUUGGAUUUCUCAGUCACUGCAAAGUUGAAGGCAAUACCUUCCCCUUGCAGCACAUCACACAGGUCUCCCAUAGAAAUGUGCUUGGUUUUAAGGAGAUCUUCGUGAAAAGAGGAGGUUGUUUCUUUAUCUACGGUCAGUGGGGAACCACACUUCGUGAGAUUCACCAGUUAUUACCGAUUUUGAACGGACUGAAAUACAUUCACGAUGAGUUGGGCAUAUCCUACGGAGGCCUAGGCUGUUCCAAUAUUCUGAUCACCCAGGAUGGUGAAGUCAAGAUCUCGGGUAUCGGUAGAUCCUUGGUCCAGAGCCCUACUUCUGUGGGCAAAGCUCAGGAUGUACAGGCUGUCUGCAAUAUAGCCCGGAAACUGCUCGAUUUGCAGAAUGCCACCACUGUUCGUGGCACCAUCGGUCUUAUCGCAGAAGACUUUAUAGGUGCUUCACCCACAGCCACAGUGGAUGAGCUCCUGCGGAUUCAGGCGAUGCCGUGGUGUCUCCGUCCUAUAAACACCCUUUGUUCUAUCGCUCGCCAGCGGAGGUGGGAGAGGUAA